UCAUCCAACCAAAGCUUUUAUUCUUGGUUCUCGGAUCUUUAAAACGGUGACGUCUUAAAUCCUAGACCGGACCCCAAAAAUGGCGAAAGGGCCUCUCUCGCUUCUCAGUCUCGGAUACCGAUCAAAUCCCCCAAAUCCCUCCUUUUCCCUAUAUUGAAUGGAAGCCCUAAUUUGUUUAUGAUUCGUAUUGGGAGAAAUUUGUUUGCAAUCUGAUCAUUAUUGCUCAAAGAUACACAAAUUUGAGCCCUAAUUUCGAUCGAUUUGGGUGAGAAUUUUCAAUUGUUGGAUCUGAACUGGAACUUCGUAUUCUAUUUAGCUAUUCUAGGGUUUGAUUUUGAAAUUUCGUUGGCGCGCUGUAUGAACAGCACGUCAAAAUUUUAGGAUAGGGAUCAAUCGCGCUGCAAGGAGUAGAGAGGGUUGGGGGGAGAAGAAGCCACCGAUCGACGGAGGCGAAACAUGUCUGCCAUAGUGUGUGGGAAGAGAUCCAUUUUUGAAGAGUUGCCCACUACGCCUUCAGUUUCUAAGAGAAUCAGAUUUUCUUCUUCUUCAACCUCUCCUUCGUCUUCACCUGCCCGUUUUUCUCCUCCGAAAUCUUUCUCUGUCUCAGUCUCAGCCUCCAACCAAUACCCCUUCGGAACUUCUUCGCAAUCCCUUCAUUUCAUUGAUUGUCUAAAGGGGCUUUUCCCGGAUAUGGACCCCCAGCUUCUGGAGAGAGCAGUUGAAGAAUGUGGAGAUGAUUUGGAUUCAGCUAUUAGAAGUUUGAAUGAGUUACGAUUAGGAUCUGCUUGCCAAAAUUCAGGCUCUGCUGCAGGCACAUCAGAUGUAGCAGCAGCAGCAGAAGGAAAUGUUCAACAACAAUCACAAGUGACAAUCAAUGGAGUUGUUCCAAUUGGGGAGGAAAAUCUUCCGAAGGAUGGCGCAGAUUGGGUGGAGCUUUUUGUUAGAGAGAUGAUGACUGCAUCUGACAUGGAUGACGCCAAAGCUCGUGCAUCAAGAGUGCUCGAGGUUUUGGAGAAAUCCAUCUAUACACGUGCAAGUGCAGAAGUGGCCCAAACUAUCCAUCAGGAAAAUGUUGUGUUGAAGGAACAAGUAGGUGUACUUAUGCAGGAAAAUGCAAUUCUUAAGCGAGCUGUGUCUAUUCAGCACGAUCGUCACAAAGAAUUUGAAAAUAAGAACCAAGAGUUGCAGCAAUUAAAGCAACUGGUGUCCCAGUAUCAAGAGCAAUUGAGAACACUGGAGGUGAACAACUAUGCACUAACCAUGCACCUCAAGCAGGCUCAGCAAGGCAACUCCAUUCCCGGGCGAUUUCACCCUGAUGUUUUCUGAUGUCCUUGUAAAUUGAAUUUUUUUGGGUAGAUAAGCAGGCUGUGCUACUAAUCUGAAGGGCACCUGAAGCCCUUGACUGCUAUGUACUCAUCGUUUGUGGCCAUAUUAGCUUCCGGUGGAGUGCCCUUUUUAUGCGGCAAAGAUAAGCACCGGACCAAAUACACAAAAUUGCAUAUGAACACUUAAUUUAUUUUUGUUUUUUACCUCUCUUUCUCGAUCUUUGAUUGUAUUAUUGUAAGGAACCUCAAAAGGAAAAAAAAGGAAUUUGAUUGUAUUUACAUACAUUAAUAAAUUCUCUUAAAAUUGCAUUUUGAAA